ACAUUGUAAAAGCUCCCUUUGCUAAAGGAAAAAAAAAAUGGCUGCCUCAAUUGGACAUGUUCGUUCAAGCAGUUUGCCCUCCAGCAUCCAUCCUCUAGUUGCAAGUGUUGAGGAGCAGUUAUCCAGAUUGAAGGCAUCACAAGACACAUCCUCAUCGAUCAGCUGCGGAUUGGGAGGUCUGAAAGAAUUGUACGAGCGUGUUGAUGAUUUGGUUCAUUUGCCACUUACCCAACAAGCUCUUUGCCAUGAACAGCUAGAGGACGUGUUGGAAGGAUCUUUUAGACUGUUGGACGUGUGUGGUACCACUAUAGAUGUUUUCUCUCGGAUGAGAGAGAGCGUGCAGGUAGUGGAAUCAUCCCUCAGGAGAAGAAGUAGUGGAGAAUCUGGCUUGGCAAAUGAAGUCAGAGCUUUUAUGGUCACCAGGAAUGAAUUGAAUAAGAUGAUCUGUCAGUGUUUUAAAAGCUUGAAGGGAAUGGAUCGGAAGUGUAAAUCAACUGUCUUGGACAAAGAUUCUGAAAUGGUGGCUGUGUUUAGCAUGCUGAAAGAAGCUGAGGAGAUUAGUCUUGCAGUGUUUGAUUCCCUGCUGUCUUUUCUUUCUCUUCCGAAGCCAAGAUCAAAGCUUACUGCUUUACUGCAUUCAAAACGUGCAUCAAGUGGAGAAGUGGAAGCAAACGAAGCUCAGAAAGUAGACGCUGAGUUGGGUCUCAUGAAGUCUGGUAAAGACAUCAAACUCGUACAAGUGCAAAAAGUAUUGAAGGGACUGGAGGCAUUCCAAUCUACCAUUAAGGAAACAGAGGAGGAGUUGGAGUGUGUCUUUAGACGAUUACUGAAAACCAGAGUUUCCCUUCUCAACAUUCUGAACCGCUAA